CGAACCUCGGACAUGUUCCAGAAGCUCAAAGCGCGGCUCAUAGCAGACGACGACUCGAGCAUGGGGGGCGAGGACGGAGGCGCGUUGCUUUCGUCUGCCGAGAAUGACUUUGAGAAGGCACUGGCGCAGCAGGGGUAUUCGGUCAAGUCGGCGCCGCGGCAGGUGGUGGUGGCGUACGCCCAGGCAAAGUCGCAGCAGUAUGCCAUGCUUGCCACAAGAUACCGCAAGGUCAAGACGGCAAGAGCUGGUGUGGUGGCGGCGGUGUCGGACUUUCUCCCGGCUGGGGAGUUCCGAUCGGUGGCAGAGCUCAGGGAGAUGCUCGAUGAGUAUCAGCGGCAGCACAUGACGGUCGAGCACGCUCUGCGGCAGGAGAUCGUCAACCUUACGGAGAAGGUCCAGAGCGGCGAGGGAUCGGGGGCGAGCAAUGCUGCCGAGAUUGCAGCUUUGGAGGCGGAGAAUGCCGCACUCAAGGAGCGGACGUCCAGCUCGCUCGGAAAGGCCAAGUCCAUCAUCGAGGAGCAGGACCGCCGGAUUCGCGAUCUCUUGGUUGAUGUUGAGCGGGCCGAGCUGGAGGACAAGCUGGCAGCUGUCGAGGCCGAGUUCCAGCAGAAGCUGGCAGCUGCUGAAGCUGAGCAAGUCGAGCUGGAGAGCAAGCUGGCAGCUGCCGAGGCUGAACGGGCCGAGAUGCAGGGCGUGCUGCACACCGCUGAUUCCGAGCUCCAUCAGAAGUUGGAAGCCGUCGAGGCUGAGCGGGCCGAGCUGGCGAACAAGCUGGCAGCUGCCGAGGCCGAGUUCCAGCAGAAGCUGGCAGCUGCUGAAGCUGAGCAAGUCGAGCUGGAGAGCAAGCUGGCAGCUGCCGAGGCUGAACGGGCCGAGAUGCAGGGCGUGCUGCACACCGCUGAUUCCGAGCUCCAUCAGAAGUUGGAAGCCGUCGAGGCUGAGCGGGCUGAGCUGGAGGACAAGCUGGCAGCUGUCGAGGCUGAAAGUGCGGCGCUUGAGAAGAAGCAACGUGAGUCCGAGGCGGCAUACUCAGAGCUUCAGUUGAGGCUAGAUGGCAUCGAAGAGGUGAAAAAUGGGCUGGAGGAGCAGCUGCAAGCCGUUGUUACCGAACGCGAUGCUGGUGUUGCUGGUGCUGUUGAGGCAGACGCCGCUAUGACCGCGAUCCAAGCCGAGCUGAGUGACGCUGGGUCGCGAAUUCGCGACCUGCGCGACGAAAACAAGGAGCUGCAGGCGCAGGUUUCCGCGAUGGAGCACAGGCUCGCAAGUGUACGCGCAGACAGUGAGCUCCAGGAUGCCCGGGUGACCGAGCUGGAGGCUGAUCUUGCGAAUGCGCGUGCUGACGACUCAGCACAGCUAGCAAGCAUGGCUUCCGAGCUGGAAAAAGCUCGCGGCGAGAAGGAGGCGCUCCGCCGAGAGUUGCUGAUGGAGCAAGCGCGUGUGCGUGAGCUGGAUCAGGAGCUCGAGCAGACCCGCGCCGAGGCCGAGAUCCAGCUCGCCGCGGCUAAGGAUCAAGCCUCCGAGCUUGAGGCCCAGCUCGCCACAGCCCAGUCUGAGACCACUGCAGUUAACGGCCAGGUUGUGGCCUUUGAAACCCAGCUGACCGAGGCCGACGUCCGCACUGCGGACCUUGAAGCCCAGCUCGCGGCUGCGUCCGAGGCAGCAUCUGCUCAGGUGACUGAGCUCGAGGCCCAGCUCGCUGCUGCGUCCGAGGGAGCAUCUGCUCAGGUGACUGAGCUCGAGGCCCAGCUGGCCACGGCCAAGGCGGAGACUACUGCGGCCAAGGAACAGUCGGCCGAGCUCGAGGCCCAGCUCGCGGCUGCGUCCGAGGGAGCAUCUGCUCAGGUGACUGAGCUCGAGGCCCAGCUGGCCAGGGCCAAGGCGGAGACUACUGCGGCCAAGGAGCAGUCGGCCGAGCUCGAGGCCCAGCUCGCUGCUGCGUCCGAGGGAGCAUCUGCUCAGGUGACUGAGCUCGAGGCCCAGCUGGCCAGGGCCAAGGCGGAGACUACUGCGGCCAAGGAACAGUCGGCCGAGCUCGAGGCCCAGCUCGCUGCUGCGUCCGAGGGAGCAUCUGCUCAGGUGACUGAGCUCGAGGCCCAGCUGGCCAGGGCCAAGGCGGAGACUACUGCGGCCAAGGAACAGUCGGCCGAGCUCGAGGCCCAGCUCGCGGCUGCGUCCGAGGGAGCAUCUGCUCAGGUGACUGAGCUCGAGGCCCAGCUGGCCAGGGCCAAGGCGGAGACUACUGCGGCCAAGGAGCAGUCAGCUGAGCUCGAGGCCCAGCUCGCGGCUGCGUCCGAGGCAGCAUCUGCUCAAGUGACUGAGCUCGAGGCCCAGCUGGCCAGGGCCAAGGCGGAGACUACUGCGGCCAAGGAGCAGUCGGCCGAGCUGGAAACAAGUUGGCCGUCGCUCACCUCGGACCGCGACGCCCUGGCCGAAAGUCUGCGUGAGCUGCGCUCGUCGUCUGCCAAGCGUACAUCCGCCCUCGAGGCCUCUCUUGCUGAAGCGGAAACCACCGUUGCCGACGCCACCACCCGCCUCGCGACCGCUGAUGCCCACAUCGCCGAGCUCGAGACCUCGCUCGCCGACGCCACCACCCGCCUCGCGACCGCCGACGCCCGCAUCGCCGAGCUCGAGACCUCGCUCGCCGACGCCACCACCCGCCUCGCGACCGCCGACGCCCGCAUCGCCGAGCUCGAGACCUCACUCGCCGACGCCACCACCCGCCUCGCGACCGCCGACGCCCGCAUCGCGGAGCUCGAUGCCUCUCUGGUGUCGGCUGACUCUCGCGCAGCUGCUGCAGUCACCGAGCUCACUGAAGAGCACGAUGCGGUGGCGGCCGACUUACAGGCGCAGCUCGAGGACGCGCAGACAGCGGUCAAGGCCGCCGAGCUCGAGUCGACAGCACUGACACGCAAGCUAGACGUGUUGCGGAAGGAACUUCACGGCAAGAUGACCGAUCCAUCGGCGCAUGCUGCCGCGAUGGAUGUUUCACCCGAGGAGCUCCGCGAGCAGGUCAUGAUGCUCACUGCCGAGCUCGACUCGCUCCGUGCUGCGGCCAACCGCCCACCGUCUCCGCCAGCAUCGCCACCGGCCACUAUCACCCCAGUGUACGAGGCGCCGCCAACACCAUCGACCCCCAUGGUCAUCGUGCCGACUGCGGCACCUGAGCACGCUGACACCGCUGUCCGCCAGAAGUACCUCAAGGAAGCCGUACUCGGCUUUAUGACCCAGGACAAGGGCCGCGACGCCAUGAUCGAGGUCAUCGCCACCAUGCUCGAGUUUGAGCCAGCCGAGACCCAGGCAGCCAAGGCCAAACUCAAGGCCGCAGCUUCGUGGACGCCCAAGAUGUUCCGCCGCUCGUGAGUAACAACCAUGACCUGCC